CCCGCGGAAGGCGGAAGUGUGCGCGUCGGCCGGCCGCGAAGCCGGUUGGAGGUGUGCCUGGUUGGCACCUGGCGGCUCUUCCGGGUCUGGGCGCGGGGACGCGGAGGCGGUCGGCGCGAGCGAGUGAGCGGGAGACGAUGCCCUGAGGUGGCUGCGGGGCCUGGAGGGGUGUGCAGGUUGACGGCCCCCGCCGCCUUCGCGCGAGGCCACCUCCUCCAGGCAGCCUCCCGCUCCUGUCAGGGCCUUGCGCCCAGCCGCGGUCCCGGCGCCUCGCAUCCGGGCCCCCGGGCCCAGACCCCGCGCUAUGACCGCGGCCGCCGCCUCCAACUGGGGGCUGAUCAUGAACAUAGUGAACAGCAUAGUAGGCGUCAGCGUCCUCACCAUGCCCUUCUGCUUCAAACAGUGCGGCAUCGUCCUGGGGGCCCUGCUCUUGGCCUUCUGCUCUUGGAUGACGCACCAGUCCUGCAUGUUCCUGGUGAAGGCCGCCGCCCUGAGCAAGCGGAGGACCUACGCGGGCCUGGCAUUCCACACCUACGGGAAGGCCGGGAAGAUGCUGGUGGAGACCAGCAUGAUAGGGCUGAUGCUGGGGACCUGCGUCGCCUUCUACGUGGUCAUUGGUGAUCUGGGGUCCAACUUCUUUGCUCGGCUGUUUGGGUUUCAGGUGACUGGCACCUUCCGCGCGCUCCUGCUGUUCGCGGUGUCGCUGUGCAUGGUGCUCCCGCUGAGCCUGCAGCGCAACGUGAUGGCCUCCAUCCAGUCCUUCAGUGCCAUGGCGCUCCUCUUCUACGCCGCCUUCCUGCUCGUGGUCCUGCUGUGCUCGCUCAAGCACGGCCUGUUCGGUGGGCAGUGGCUGCGGCGGGUCAGCUACGUCCGCUGGGAGGGCGUCUUCCGCUGCAUCCCCAUCUUCGGCAUGUCCUUUGCCUGCCAGUCCCAGGUCCUGCCCACGUACGACAGCCUGGAUGAGCCGUCCGUGAAAACCAUGAGCUCCAUAUUUGCCUCCUCCCUCAACGUGGUGACCGCCUUCUACGUCAUGGUGGGGUUCUUCGGCUACGUGAGCUUCACCGAGGCCAUUGCUGGCAACGUGCUGAUGCACUUCCCCUCCAACCUGGUGACGCAGAUGAUCCGCGUCGGCUUCAUGAUGUCGGUGGCCGUGGGCUUCCCCAUGAUGAUCCUGCCCUGCAGACAGGCCUUGAACACGCUGCUCUUUGAGCAGCAGCAAAAGGAUGGGACCUUUGCCGCCGGAGGCUACAUGCCGCCCCUGCGCUUCAAAGCACUCACCCUCUCGGUCGUGUUUGGAACCAUGGUCGGUGGGAUCCUGAUCCCCAACGUGGAGACGAUCCUGGGCCUGACGGGCGCCACCAUGGGGAGCCUCAUCUGCUUCAUCUGCCCGGCCCUGAUCUACCGGAAGGCCCACAAGAGCACGCUCUGCUCCCAGGUGGUGCUCUGCGUUGGCCUGGGCAUCCUGGUGGUCAGCACGCUCACCACCCUGUCCACAAGCGAGGAGACCCCCGUGGACUUGGAUUUGGCAAAGGAAGCCCCCGGCGGUCGGCUUGCAGAGGCCGAGGGUGCAAGAAAGGCGGAGGCGGCCCAGCUGCCAGGUACGCGGCCCUCAGGCCAGGAUCCAGUCGUGGACGCGGCCGCGGACGGCCGCAAUAAGCCGAAGCUGCCGCAGGAGAAGGACGAGAUGGAGCAGGCCCAGAUUAAGGGCCCUGUGGACGUGCCCCCAAGGGAGGACACCCGGGAGAAGCAGGAGGAGGUGCAGCUGGAUCGGCCCGGGCAAGGUGUGGCGGUGCCUAUGGGAGAGGCCCACCGCCAUGAGCCCCCUGUCCCUCACGACAAGGUGAUGGUGGACGAAGGUCAAGACCGAGAGGGACCGGAGGAACGUGAACAUUCACACGUGGGUGACAAGGCUCCUGGGGCCAAGGCUCAGGCGGCGCUGCCUCCGCUGGACUCAGAAAGAGAGAGCCACGGACAGGGGCAGGCGCAGGCCUUGGAGGCAGCGGGGGCCCUGCCUGCAGACCCGCACAAGGCGGAGGAAGGGAACGGUCAGCCGGCCGCGGGGCCCGUGAAAGAGAGCUUGGAGCCGGGCCACAGGGGUCUGCCUCCUGGGCCCCAGGCAGCGCUCCCUCAGGGGCGAGAUGCCGCUGGGGCAGGCGCCGAGGACGGAGGUGACAGUGUCCCGAGGCCAGACCACGCUGCAGGGGCUGCAGGCAAGCCGGCGGACAGUGAGCCUGGUGAGAAGCCAGCCCCAGGGGCCGGGCCGCCGGCAGAGCCCCGAGGUCAGAGGAACUCGGAGGGACAGGCCGGCGACCUUGCGGAGGGACAGGCCGGAGACCACGCCGGCAGCAAGUUGGAGGCUGAGAUCCAAAAGAUAGUAGCAGAAGCUGGCCGGGCGGAGAUGUUGGACCACGCCGUCCUGCUGCAGGUGAUCAAGGAGCAGCAGGUGCAGCAAAAGCGCCUCCUGGACCAGCAGGAGAAGCUGCUGGCGGUGAUCGAGGAGCAGCACAAGGAGAUCCACCAGCAGCGACAGGACGGCGAAGAGGCGGACGCGCAGCCCGCGCCUGGGGUGGCCGCACCGAGGAAGGAGGAGCAGGAGUCCCACGACGCAGGGGCAGGGACGGUGGCGCGCCCUGUCCUGCAGCCUGUGGAGCCCGAGCACGAGCACAGGGCUCCGGAGCAGCCCCCGGCUCCGCCCCAGGGACACAGCCAGCGCCCUCUGGAGGGCGUCAGGGGGGCCGCAGCCGGCCCUCCUGGUGCGAUGGCCGCGGAGCCCCCGGGGGCCCAGGCUGGGCCGAGGGAAGGCUGGCGGGGCCCGGGCGCCGAGCCCAAUGGGGCUGGGGCACAGGAGCGGCUCCCAGGACCAGACCUCGCUGGGGUGCCUGGGAGCCCAGAGAAGCGUGACACUGGGGACCACCCUGGGCAGAGUCAGGACGUCGGUGGCGCAGGUUCCCAGGAGAGGGACAAAUCAGGAAAGGAGGCCGCAGCCGCGGUUGCCGAAGCCCAGCAGGAGGCAGGCGCCCUGGAGGCGGAGGCAGAGGCUGGGGGCCCUCACAUGAGGCCUGAGCAAGCAGGCCGGGACUGGAGACCAGGAGGCCUGCCCAGCAGGUCGGGGGGAGCGGCCCUGGGGGCCCAGGCCGAGCCGCAUCAGUCGGCACACCCGGCUGUCUCUGCCAGGGCUCAGGGAGGCCGCCCAGAGGCCAGAAGGGAGGCUCUGGGCGGGGACCGCGUGCCUGCUGCCAGGGAGGGCGGUGCCAUCCAAGAGCCUGAGCAGAGGCCAGACCCUGAGCUCGGGCCCAAACAGGCCGUGCCCGGAGCUCAGAAGCUGGAUAACGCCAAGCCCAACCGCGACCUGAAAGUCCAGGGCGGCGCUGACCUCAGGAGGAGACGGCGGGAUGUGGCUCCGCGUGAAGGUGGAGGGCCAGCCUCCAGAGAGGGGGUCAUCAUCAGCUUCGACCCCCUGUCUGACGUGCAGGUCAACGACCUCCGCAGUGCCCUGGACACCCAGCUUCGCCAGGCUGCCGGGGGCGCUUUGCGGGUGGUCCACAGCCGCCAGAUCAAACAGUGGCCUGGGGCCCUGGAGGAGGCCUGAGCGCUCCCACGUGGCAGCUGUCCUCCUGGCCAGUUGGUCUCACUGAGGCGUGGCCAGGCCGCCGGUGGCCCCGGAGCGCAGCGGGGGCAGAGUCUCGGAGCUCACGCUCCGGAGGGGCAGUCUGUGAGCUGUCUUGCCGUGCGUCAUUUCCCAGAGGGGUCUCUGCUAUCCCAGAUGCAGCUCCUGACUUGUACAGGUGACCGAGCUCACUGCAGCCCCACGGUGGACCUCUCUUGCCCGCCCCCCAGUCACCGCGGUGCCACGGAGUCCGCGGGCAGGGCUGGUGUUGCCAGUGCAGUGCGUCCUAGCGCUCAGCGGCCAGGCCCCAGCGCUCCGGGCACCACGGGUCAUGCUUGCCUCGUGUGCUGAGUGUUACACAAAGUCUGAAUAAACAUCCUGCCUUC